AUGAGUGAAGAGGCAGAGCUCCGCGCCAAGAUUGCGGCGCUCUCAGGUAUGAACAGACGUAUCGCACCACAAGAUGGCUCUGACCUCGCCGCAGGGCGUAUUAACCAACAACGACAAUCGGAAAGCGCACCUUCCACGCCGAAUUAUGCUCCAUUAGCAGGGCGUGGCUCAGGCUACUACCCGAGAGGUCGUGGAGCUGGAUGGGCUGGCCAGUACGCGCCUGAUCGCUAUGCGCCAUAUCACCACCCUCGCGGCUUCUCGCACAAACCCGCAUAUGCCCCUUCGUACCGCAACCGUUCUCUCGUCGUUAACAGCUCCGUUGGAACGCCUGCCAGUCAACAAGCCUCUCCCGCAACACCUGCUUUUACUUCUGGUGACAAAUUUGUCUCCAAGCGCGACCGUCAUAUGCAGCUGAUCAACACUUCCGUCUACGACCAAAAGACACAACAACGCCAGCUAGAAAUUGAGGCCACACUGCAAGAGAAACAGCGCCUUCGCGAUGCGAAAGAGAAGGCUAGGGUCAUUGAGGCCUUCCAGCCUCAGCAGACUGUCUCAACUACUUACGGCGCUGCGCCAUCUGCAGGAACUGUCCCUGUGCGCGAUAUUCAAAUCAACAACCUUCGGUUCCGCGUAGCCGCUGACGGAAGCAAACUCAUCCGCAUGUUUGGUGAGUACACCCAUGCCGAACCUCUCGCACAGCAUCUCAUCUGCAUAGACGACUCGAACACGGAUCCUGGAGCUACACCCAAGAUGACGAAAGUGGCCGGCGUCACAUUCCAUAGGAGCAAGCACGGCAACCUCUAUCGUGCUGGUCUUGUGAAGAAAUCGAUGAGGUACUGGACAAAGAGUCAAGAGCUUUGGGAAGAACAAUUGUUGAUUGAUUGGGUGACAACANNGGAAAACAAUAUCAAAAAGAGCUCGGAAUUAUGUCCAAGAUUUACAGCUACGGGUACCGAAUACUCCAACCGCCAUNNUCAAGCCGGUCCUUGCGCGACGGAUCUGAACGAGAGCGAUUAUCUCAGCAUUUCCGUUGGUAGGCCUUUUGUAUCCUUACUGACUCUAUCCUAUNNAGGUAUGUGCGCCCACGGUAACCGCUGCCGCUACACACACGACCCGAACAAGAUCGCCGUUUGCAAGGACUUCCUUCGAUCUGGCCGUUGCGCCGCUGGUGAUGCUUGCAACCUUUCCCAUGAAUCUACCCCUCAUCGUGUCCCCGCUUGCACCCAUUUCCUUCGCGGGAAUUGCACGAACCCAGAUUGUCGCUAUGCCCAUGUCGCUGUUAACCCUGCUGCACCCGCUUGUCGGGCCUUUGGAACCAUUGGCUACUGCGAGAAGGGUGCCGAUUGCACUGAGCGCCAUGUGUUUGAGUGUCCGGAUUAUGCUAACACAGGUAUAUGCCGUAACAAGCGGUGCCGACUUCCCCACGUCGACACUGCGGGCAACAUGCGUAAGGCCAAAUCGGCAGAAGCUAAGAUGGACGAGGCAGAGACGUCAGAUCUGUCGAGUGAUGAGGAAAGCUACGACGAGAUCGACUACGACGACGUAGAUUCUGACAACUUCAGUGACAAUGAAGUCAUGGGUGGCACCGAUGAGCGCGAUCAUGAGCUUUCUCAGCAGCAAGAUUAUGUUGGGUUCUCUUGA